GUUCCGGUGCAUCCAGGAGGUGGACGUGCGUUGCAGAGUGUUAUUAUAUUCAGUGUUAAUGUCUUUGUGUUUGUGGGACUUGAGUUGAAUAGUAUUUCGGAAGUUUAUUAACCUUCUAUUAAAUAUCAGUUUUAUCUCGUUUGUGAGGAUUAAUUUUUAAUUACGUUGUUCGUUGAAACCCAAUGAAAAUUUUAAGGCUUAAAAACUACUUCAAUUAAUGCAAUUAGGCUGUUUUAAAUUUAGGAAAUAAACAAAGUCUUUGUUUAUUCCAAUUUCAAUUCCAUAAUAUUAUUAAUGAAUGACUUAGGCCUAAAAUAACUAAAUCUCGGUUUGAUUUACACUGUAGAUUAUAGUAUUUAUUACUUCAGCAGCGUAAUUAAGAAGUACUCUAUGAACUUGGAAACCACAAAAAAUAAAACUAGUCGGUAUCAUGAUGAUUGUGAAAGAUCUAAUACUAAUAAUAAUAACAGCUUUAAUAGUGUUAUAAUUAAAAAAAAAUAGUAAUGUUCUCUGUCUGAGAUAAAGAAAAGUUGAAUAUUGUGAAAUAGUCUUAUUAUCUUAGAACUAGAAGUAACGUAAAGGCUUGGUAAUAAGUGUUAACAUUGGGUCUCAAAACACCACAACAGCAACCAGCCAAACAUCUGUAUUUGUUGUUCAAAGUGGCUGAAAGUUGAUAUGGCAACACUUAGUGGAUCUAGUGGCAUUGUUUAUCAUCAACUGAAAGAAAGAAAAAUCAAACAAGAAACUUGUGAAGAAAGUAAUUGUUUACCUGUGUCUGCCCACCCUUCCAAUAUUAACAGUGAUAGUAGUACCAUGAAUGGAUUAGGUGCCCCAAAUGUGCCAAUAGUGAGUAGUUUUGAUCCAACACAAUGUGGAAUGCUGAAUCAGUUAGAACCAUCAUUUGCUGCAGAAGAAGAAGAAUUACAAGAAUCUCCUGAAAUAGACAUUGUGAUAAACAAUGUUGUUUGUAACUUUAAUGUCCGAUGUCACUUAAACUUACGGCAAAUUGCACUCACUGGAUCAAAUGUGGAGUAUCGGAGGGAAAAUGGGAUGUUAACAAUGAAGAUAAGAAACCCAGGGAGCACUGCAAGCAUCUGGUCAUCAGGAAAAGUCACUUGUACAGGGGCAACAAGUGAAGAUGCAGCCAAGAAAGCUGCUAGGAAAACGGCUAGAAUAUUACAAAAGCUAGGUUUCAGGAUCCGAUUCACCAACUUUAGAAUCGUCAAUGUGCUGGGCACCUGUACAAUGCCUUUUAAAAUCAAUAUUGUGAAAUUUUCAAGGGAGAACAGGGAUCAUGCAAGCUAUGAGCCUGAGCUUCACCCAGGUGUUACUUACAAAAUCAAAGACAUCAAAGCAACCAUGAAGAUUUUCUCAACAGGAAGCAUUACCAUCACAG